CGUCAGGCGCUCAGCAACUUGCUGUGCGAAGUUCGAGUUUUCUGUGAUCAGUGCUCGGGGCCGAUGCCCAUCGUGGAUUGGGAGUCGGAGUUGACCGCGGCGGCCACCUCAUAUGAUGGCGAGGAGAUCUUCCCAGCUGAGCCGCUCGACAGAUUGAGGUUGCUGGAAGCGCUGCCGCCGAUCGAUGCCUGCGCAGCGGUCAGAGCCGUAUACUUCGCCGAGGGCUGGAUCCAGGCGGCGCUGUCUGACCCCAGGCUCAUCCUGAAGAACGUGGAGGAGAUUGGAGACCUGCCUCCGACGCCCAAGGUGUGGGCUCUUGCUUCAGAGUGGGAGCUGAUCGCGGGCGACCUCGUCACGCGUGGCAUCCUGAAGCCUAUUGAGUACGACGAGAUUGUGGAGGUUAUAGGCCGGAAAUUCAUGGGCGGCAUGUUCGGCGCGAAGAAGGGCUCCCACGUGAAGGGCGUCCUGCUCUGGAGCGCAGAGGGCCUGAAGUGUUGCUUCUACGUGUACAGCCCGUGCGACGCCUGGCUGAAGUACAUGGCCAUCUCCAAGCCAGUGCGGCGCGCAGUUGUCCGUCUCCCUGGCGAGGGACUGGCAUAUCUGUGGCGCCUAUGGGCUGGAUCUCGGCGACCGGAGUCAUUCAGCGCAUCCAUCGCCGUCUGCUUCGAUCGUGGACAGCUGGCUGCUUGCGAGGAGCCUCGCAAGGGUGCUCCCAUGCCUCCUGCGCGUCGGGGUUCCCUUGGCGGCGGAGCUGUGGCCCCGGUUCGGGGUCAGGUUGGCGAAACCUACGACGACGGCAAGCCCGAGAUCUACAUCGGCCGCGGCUCGUCGAAGCUGAACCUGAAGGCGCCCGCCUGGGGCAGCCCGCGCCGCAUGAGCGAGGGCUGGCCACGUCAAGAGGUGGUCACCUUGUUCGAGCGAUACCUGCGCGAGAACCUUCAGUUUCUGAGGGAUUUGGUAUCUCUGAGCGGCGGCCGCCUUCUUUGCCACUGCGAGGGUUCGCAGGCUUGCCACGGCGACGUGCUGAUCAAGGCGUGGAAGGACAGAUUCGGCUCGAAGUCGGUGCGGCGCGCGUGGCAGGUCUACAUCGACAACCUUGACGUGCUCGAGAUCACCGACUGGUGGCGGGCGAACCAGCUCCAGGAGGAGGGCGUGAGCGAGCUGGCCCAGGUGGCGAGAGAGAGGUGCAGGAGCUUUGGGGCGCCUCGGAGUGAGAGCAAGGCCGUCAUCAGGGAGAUGAAGUCGCAGUCUUUGGGGGAGGCGAUCGACGGGGCUCAGGGCGCCAUCGGGCCCCCCGCCCAGUUCGCGCAGCGUUUGGUCUCUCUCACCAUCGAGACGCUCAAGAGAAGGUCCGUCGCGCAGAAGUGGAUGCAGAUCUUGGCGGGCCGCUGGGUGCGUUGCCUACUCUUCAGGAGGGAAGCGAUGAUGUGCUUCGCCGAGCUGUGGCGGUUCCUAGUCCGCAUCAAGGGCCAGGCUCCUCUGCCUGCCAAGGUCCGCGAGGAGCUCAUCGCGGCGCUUGCGCUGCUGCCGCUGCUGCGCUGCGACCUGCGCGUGCCCAUCCGCGGCCUGGUGACGGUGUCGGACGCCGGCGUGCAGAGGGGCGCAGUCUGCCGCUCCGUUCUUCUUCGGCGAGAUGGAGUCGCAGCGGCGCGAGCGGCGAGCAGGAGGCUCGUUACGGACUUCCGCGACGAGGUGGUGCUGGUGUCCUUCUUCGCUGGGGUAGGGGGAGCUCGCAGGGCCUUGGGCCCCUUGGGUCUCGCCCCGGCGUUGUUCGUGUCUGCGGAGAUCGAUGCCGAGGCGAGGCGGGUGACCAAGUACGCGUGGCCCGAGGUGCUGGAGGUUGGCGACGCGCAGUCCUUCGGGCACGCUGAGGCGAUGACGAUCAGGGUGAGGCGUUCUAAGCUGUUCUUUGAGAUCACAUGCGUUCGCCUGCUCUUGGAGGAAGUGCUGGGCGAGUUCUACCGACUCUUGACCUUGGUCGAGAACGUGGCCUCGAUGGACGCCGAGCCGCGCAACGUUAUGAGCGAGCACCUCGGUUACAAGCCAGUUCGUGUCGAAGCUGGCUGCAUCGCGCACUGCUAUCGCGACCGCCUAUACUGGAUCGACGAGAACCUGCUGUGCGAGUGGCAGGGUGGCUUCUCCUUCUCCGACGGCGUCAAGAUGAUCCAUGUGCCUGGGGGUCCUGGGCCGGUGAGGCGCUGGCUGAGCCAGGCGACUCGUUGCUCCCUGUUGGGCAACGGCUUCCAGUGCUUGGUGGUGGCGUGGAUCCUGUCGCACUGGGCGGUGAAGUUUGGGUACCUGGACACCGUUCCCUCGGUGGUUGAGAUGCGCGACUUGGGUGGGGGCGCCACGAUCGAGGAUGCCAGCGUCGCCCUCAACGCCGUCGGGCACGAUGAGGGCGUGCCCAUCAGGCAGCACAACCUGGAGGAGCCGGACGCAGCGCUGGACCCGAGCAUCGUGAUCGUGGAGGAGUUGGCGCGUCGGGCUGAGGCUCGUGGCAGCGACAUCAGGUUGGACACCUUCGAAGCGAUGCGGCCAGAUCUGCGGCCCAGGAGGCCGAUCAGCGUGGCCCGCUGGGCCUGGCGCGCCACCGCCAUCUGGGAGUGGAAAAGACCCUCGCACAUCACGGAUCUCGAGGUCCGCGCGGCCGCCAGAUGCCAGUGCGUAGACCUCGGCGCGUGCGAGCGGCAGCAGAUCAGGCCAUGCGUUGACACCUUCGAGCUGCA